AUGGACCACUGGACUAUGAAGCUGUCAGCGUUGUUGCUACUGGCCCUGCUGGCUCUGUCCUCAGCCAGUCUGCAGGACAUCGUGAAGAAGAGCUCACUGCACAGAAAAGUCUCCUUACUGAACCCAGAGCUGGAGGACCUGGUGCCUGAACCGACUGGUAACAAUGUGGUGUCGGCUCCUCUGACUCCUGCUGACUUGGAGCAGCAGCAAGAUCAACCUGCCGCUUUCAUUUUCGGUGAUAACGUGAACCUGGAGUGGCUGACCUGGAAUGGCUCUCUGCCCAACGGAGCCGUUGCAAUCUACAACGGUUACACUGAGCGCACUGACUACAUCUGCAAGUACAAGUGCGACGCCGGCUUCUACAACCCCAGCCUUGGCCCAUACUGCCGCUACCCCUAUGGAGACCGUGAGUACUAUGCCCCCGAAUUCGAGAUCCUGGCCAACAAAGACAACUUUGAGUUCCUGGAGUGGAAGGAAGGUUCCUACGGUUCAGUGCCCCAGCAUUCAGUCAGGACUUGUGCAGGUGUUGGCAUAUACGUUGGGAAGAACAAGUAUGGCCUUGGGAAGGUUGUUCCUCAGUUUGAAGCUUUCUUCCUGCCUUGGGAAGGCGAUGAGUAUUGGUACAAGAAGUACCAGGUCCUGACCAUCAACAAGGAUGCCUACACCCAGCACAUCACUGACGUCAAGUACAACAUUGACGAGGUCGCCAUCUUCCAGUAUCCUCCUGAGACCAUGCGCAUCUCCGGUGUCACCAACAACGAAUGCCAGACAGUGGUGAAGACAGUCACCAUCUCAAAGACCACAGAGGUGGAGACCACCUGGAACAUUGGCCGAAAUACCAUGCUGGGUAUCACCGGCAGCAUCACAGCUAAAAUCCCCCUCAUUGGCUCUGGGGGCAUUGAGCUGAGCGGUGAGAAGACAUUCCAGUUCUCCAGGGGAACCACCUUGGUGGAGUCACUCAGCCACUCCGUGUCCGUGGAACUCACAGUCCCACCAAACCACUCCUGCAGAGUCCGUAUGGAGGGACGCAAGAUCAAAGCUGACAUUCCCUACACAGCCCGCCUCAGUCGCACGUACCGCGACGGAGAGACCCAGUGGACAUCCAUCUUCGGGACCUACGACGGAGUCCAGAUCGGAGAAGUCCGGGCUGUGGUGGACCGCUGUGAACCUGUGGUUGAUGCCAAGCCUUGCCCCUGAAAGAAGAAGAAAAUA